AUGCGCAUCCCCAGGGUUGCUGCAGCAGCAGCACGGAAGCAUGCAGUGUCUGCUGCUGCUGCUCUUGCAGCAGCUGCUGCUGAUGCAGCUAUUGUGACUGCUGACGCAGCAGCAACAGCAGCAGCAACAGCAGCAGCUCCUGCUGCUCCUGCUGCUGCUGCUGCUGCAUGCCCUUCCAGGCCCCUCGCCUCUGCUGCAGUCCGCAUGCACCGCGCAGCUAGAGGUCCCCCAGCAGCAGCAGCAGCAGCAGCAGCUGCUGCUGCUGCUGCUGCUGCGAGGCGGCGUGCUUUGUUACCCCCGAAUAACAACAGCAACACAGACACAAGCAGCAGCAGCAGCAGCAGCAGCAGCAGCAGCAGCAGAUCCAAUGCUGCUGCGCCCUAUGAGCUGUGGCGUGUGCACAGCCAAGCUAACAGCAGCAGCAGCAGCAGCAGCAGCAGCAGCAGCAGCAGCAGCAUGGGUCACUUCUCGUGCUCUCCUGUCUUUCUUCGCCCGAGUAGUCUGCAGCGGCAUCUGCUGCUGCAGCAGCAGCAGCAGCAGCAGCAACUGCAGCAGCAGCAGCAGCAGCGAUUUGCUUCUUUUGCAUCAGGGCCCUUGCCCCGUCCUUCUUUUUCUAUAAAUGAUUUUGGUGUUCCGUUUGCUGCUGCAGUUCCACAGCAGCAGCAGCAGCAGCAGCAGCAGCAGCAGCAGCAGGUGGCUGCAUCAGCAGCAGCAGCAACACCAGGGUCUGUACAAGAAGAAGAGCUGCAGCAGCUGCUGCAUGCACACAAGCGAAACCCCCGCGAUCUGCUGCUGCUGCAGCGGCUAGCUUUGGGGCUUGUAGCAGCAGGGAGAGCAGCAGAAGCUGUCUCUGUUGUUGCUGCUGCUGCUGCUGCAGCACGAGUCCCUGAUGAGCUCAUGAUGCAGUGCCUCCAAGCAGCAGCAGCAGCAGCAGCAACAGCAGCACAUAACAAAAGCAGCAGCAGCAGCAGCAGCACAACAGAACUGCAGCAGCAGCUGCUGCAGCAACGAAGACAAGCAACAGAUGAGAAUAUCGUUGCAGCAGCAGCAGCAGCUGCUGCUGCUGCUGUCACUGCAGCAGCACGCGUCUCGGGGCAAACCCACACAGCCGCCGUCGGGGCACUGCAGCAGCAGCAGCAGCAGCAGCAGCAACAGCAGCAGCAGCAGCAGCAGCAGCAGCAAGGAGCUUAUCGCUUCUUCAUUGGAGCCUGGAACGUCGUCAAGGGUUUCUUGUGCGUUCUCGUGCAAACCCUAAACCCUAAACCCUAA